CCCGGCGUGGCCGAGAGCUGUGGAUGGUAUGUUCACAGUUGUCCCUGCCACCCUGCAAAUGAGGCACCUCCAGCACCAGCCAGCCCAGCUCCUCUCACUCCGGUGUAAUGAUGCGGAAAUGCAAAUAUACCGUCAUUUUGUGACCCAUAUUGUGAAAAUUAGAAAAAGGAAGUUGUGUUUUGCUGUUGCAUGAGUUCAGCCCCGGAGGAAAAACACGCUUGACUUUGGAAGACCGCUCUGCUUCAAACCUGCUGGGCAAGAAAGAUUUCCAAGGAAUCCCUCCAGCCUUGUGUGGGCCUCUGCAGGCCAACCCCAGCUCCCAGAAGGGAGCCAGGCACCCGCCUGCCACCCUCAACACCCUCAUCAGAGGGACGGCGUCAGGGAGCCCUGGUCUAAACUCCGACAGAGCCUGGUGAGCUUGGCUUUGAGGAUGGAGUCAGACGAGACACCUUCAACUCUUCCCGAACCCAUUGCUGCUCCAGGGACACCAGACACUGGGCCUGACAGCACCACCCUGGGGAAACUCCGAGCGCUCCCCAUUGGGCCCAGGGCUCAUUGCAGGGACCCUAGUAGCCCAGCUGCAGCAGCGGAUGGCUCCCCAGACACUGGCUCCGUGGGGGAGCUGGGCAGUGGCUCUAAGAUCCCCAACCGGGACAGUGGAAUCGACAGCCCGUCCUCCAGCGUGGCCGGGGAGAACUUCUCCUGCGAGGAGGGUGGUGAGGCCGGCUCAGGCCCUGGAGUGCUGGGGCUGCACCCUGAGAUAGCCCUGCACAGCCAGGUCCCACAGGACAGCCCCCGGGAGGACGCCAACAGUGACAUGGGUGAGGAGCCCAACCCUGAGAACUCUCCCCCGAGAGCUGACAAGGAUGCCAGCCUGGCCCAGCACUCUGACCCCCAGAAGCUGCUCCACAUUGCCCAGGAGCUCCUGCACACUGAGGAGACCUACGUGAAGCGGCUGCACCUGCUGGACCAGGUUUUCUGCACCAGGCUGACGGAAGCAGGGAUCCCUCCAGAAGUCACCACGGGCAUCUUCUCUAACAUCUCCUCCAUCCACCGUUUCCACGGGCAGUUCCUGCUGCCUGAGCUGCAGACUCGGAUCACAGAGGAGUGGGACAGGAACCCCCGGCUCGGGGACAUCCUGCAGAAGCUGGCCCCAUUCCUGAAGAUGUAUGGCGAGUAUGUCAAGAACUUCGACCGGGCGGUGGGGCUGGUGAGCACUUGGACCCAGCGCUCCCCGAUGUUUAAAGACAUCGUCCACGGCAUCCAGAAGGAGGAGGUGUGCGGGAACCUGACGCUGCAGCACCACAUGCUGGAGCCCGUGCAGAGGGUCCCUCGGUACGAGCUGCUGCUGAAGGACUAUCUGAAGAGGCUCCCGGGGGACGCCCCCGACCGGAAGGAUGCGGAGCGGUCCCUGGAGCUCAUCUCCACUGCGGCCAACCACUCCAAUGCGGCCAUUCGGAAAGUGGAGAAAAUGCACAAGCUCUUGGAGGUGUACGAGCAACUGGGUGGGGAGGAGGACAUUGUCAACCCGGCCAAUGAGCUGAUCAAGGAGGGCCACAUCCAGAAGCUGUCGGCCAAGAACGGCACCACCCAGGACCGCCACCUCUUCCUGUUCAACAGCAUGAUCCUUUACUGUGUGCCCAAACUGCGGCUCAUGGGCCAGAAGUUCAGUGUCCGGGAGAAGAUGGACAUCUCAGGCCUCCAGGUGCAGGAUAUCGUCAAGCCGAAUGCAGCACAUACAUUCAUCCUCACGGGAAGAAAAAGGUCGCUGGAACUGCAGACUCGGACGGAAGAAGAGAAGAAAGAAUGGAUUCAGAUCAUCCAGGCCACCAUCGAGAAGCACAAGCAGAACAGUGAGACCUUCAAGGCCUUCGGCAGCACCUUCAGCCAGGACGAGGACCCCAGCCCUCCGGCGGACAUGCCCAUGGGGAGCACCAGCUCCGGGGAGCCUGUGGUGACGGCUGAAGGCAGCGGGGCUGCGACAGGGCUCGAGCCCAGAAAACUAUCCUCUAAGACCAGACGCGACAAGGAGAAGCAGAGCUGUAAGAGCUGCGGUGAGACCUUUAACUCCAUCACCAAGAGGAGGCACCACUGCAAGCUGUGCGGGGCGGUCAUCUGUGGAAAGUGCUCCGAGUUCAAGGCUGAGAACUGCAGGCAGAGCCGUGUCUGCAGAGAGUGUUUCCUGACGCAGCCCGUGGCCCCUGAGAGCCCCAGCCCUGGGGCUUCAGCCGAGCCCAGGCAGAGCACAGAGAAGCCACCUGCUGCAGACACUGGGCCCAGCCUGCUCUGUGGCCCCCUACGGCUGUUGGAAAGCAGUGGAGCCUGGAGUGAGGUGUGGGCCGCUGUCCCCGUGUCAGACCCCCACAUGCUGCACCUGCAGGGAGGUAGCCAGGAUGGCCGGCUGCCUCGCACCAUCCCUCUCGCCAGCUGCACCGUGAGCGUGCCAGGCCCCGAGGAGAGGCCCCACUCGGGGCACGUGUGGAAGCUGCAGCAGGCGCAGCAGUCCUGGUACCUGAGCGCCCCCUCUGCAGAGCUGCAGCAGCAGUGGCUGGAGGCCCUGAGCGCCGCCACCCAAGGGGACAUGGCCCGGGACAGCCCGGGAGCUCUGCAGCCCCAGGCCCCUGCUGGCACUCCUGCUCUGUGAGCUGAGCCUCCCACUGCCUUCACACCGCCACAUUUGGCCUGUGCUUUCCUGGGAGGUGGUGUCAGAGGUCACAUGAAGGGUGCCUGGAACUGCUGAGAGUGGGCUGACAGCCCAGAGCUCAGGGCAAUUGACCCUGGAGGAUCCCCUCUCGUCAGAGGAGAGGAAACUGAGGCCCAGAGAGGUGCAGCCACUUGCCCACGGCCACCCAGCAAGUCUCAGGCAGGAGCCCGGCCUCCAGCCCCAGCCCCAGCAGUAUGGCUCAGAGCAGGGGAGCGCAGCCCAACUGCCAAAGUAAACAUUAUUCAAGUGGGCUGCAUGGUGUCACCAGCCCCAAAAGGCAGAAGGAGGCGGCCUGGGCACCUCUCAGGGACAGCAACAUACUGCCCGGUCGACAGAUGUCUACAGUGUGGUCUGCCCCGGCCUCUGCCCGUCCAUCCACACAGUGUAAGCUGAAUUGUGACUCAAUGCUCCAGGCUCCCUGUCCCUUCUCUGCCCCUCUCCUGAGGUCCUGCCUGCAGCGCACGGGAGGGGCAAGUGAUGGGCCUGCCCCGUCCUGGCUGGACUCAUGGUUCCCGAAUAACCACACUCAGAAACUCUGCCGGGAGACUCACCCCAGCCACCAUGUGGCCAGUGUGAGAUUUGUGGCUGCCCCUUGGCAGGCAGCAUGCAGUACUUAUCUGCAUAAAUAAAUGCUGCCACCAGCAGGUGGCCACUGCCUUAGCACUCUCUCCCUAGCCCCUCAGCAGGGUCCCCCCACAAGGUGGGCCAACUGGUAGACAGUUGGGGGACAAGGGUGACAGAAUCUCCCAGGCCACAUGCCUCACCUAGAGAGCAGUUCUGCACCAUGGUCCUGCCAGAGCACUGUGCCAUGUAGCAGGCAAGUGGCCAGGCUCAGAGGUGGGAGGGCAGGGUGCCAGGCACUCAGGAUGCAGCUGUGGGGACCUCACAAAGGGCUUGAGGUGGGGGUGCUCUUUGCACCAGAGCCCUAAGGGCCUCUAGGAGAGAGUGGGCAGAUUUAGGGACCAAUGACUGGGGUCCCUGUCCCUCAGAACCCCACCCCUCUAAUAUCCACACAGCACCUCCCAGGGGUGGUGCUAAAGAGGGCAGGAGUGGGAACCAGAAAUGGCGGACUAGUCACAGAUGAGGUGGGGGCACAGGUGGGGGUCACAGGGGAGGGGGGCACAGCUGAGCUUAUGCAAGAUCUAGCUGGGCUGUCCUUGGGAUGCUGCCACAGCCACUGCACACAGAGCCCCUGCCAUAUACCUGGGCCUCUGCCCCAAGGUCCCUAUGCUGCACUGGGUGGUCUAAUAGUUCCACUUCACACUGGGGAACCCAAGGCUCAGGGAAGCGCACCCCCCGUGCACUCCCACGCUGGAUGGUGCCACCAGGGAAGGAUGGGAUCGGGCCCUUCUGGCUGCCCAGAGGCGCCUGGCCCUGCUCCAGCUACUGCCCAAGGAAACACAGUAAACCCCCUAGUGCAGCUGGGGCAGGGCCAGUCAGUGGAGGACGCUGUGAGGGGACCCCGGCCUGCUGGCCCUGCCCUCUCCCUGACCAGAGUUCAGCUGUGACGCACAUUCAUCUCCUGCUUGCUGUCUGCACAGAGCGUGCCUGGAGCCUGCUCCCUCACACACGUCUACUGAGCACCUACUGCAGCCCGAAUGAGGCCCUUUUAGGGGUCAGGACUUUGCCCUCUGCCUCCUGCAGUAGUUCCAUUUCUGCCAUCCCACCACAACCCCAGGAAAUUCCCACACGGCAGCUAAGGAAACUGAGUCACAGAGAGGAGACCCCCAUGAGACCCAGAGGAGACCCCCAUGAGACCCACAGCCCUGGAACCGAGUGGGCCACUGGAAGCGGCCGGCGGGCAUGGCGACUCUAGCAGGGGCAAGGUCUGUGGGAGGCCACUGAACUGUGCUGUGGGUCCUGACGGCAGGUCCCCUGGUCCCAAGCCCUCUCCUCUCCCGCCCACUAGCCUGGCUGUGGGUGGCCCAGGGUCCCCACACACAAGGUGUCCACAGUGAUCUCAGGAGGCUUCCUUCCUUUGCUCAGCACUCUGGAGGGGACUGUGACCAGAGGGGGUCGGGCAAGCUUGGGAAUCUUAACAGAUCCGUCUGGCUGCAGGGUGCUGUGGGGGUGGAGAUGGAGCCUGGGCCCUCCUCCCUGAGCGUCAUGACAGAUGCAGACCGUGCAGUGGCCAGUGGGCGAGCAGAGGCCGACGGCGUUGGUGACGUAGGGAGCCUCGACAACUGUCCCUGCCCAGGUGUCAGCCUGUAUGCCCAGCGCUUCCAACAUUUUCUAGAGAUAAAAGAAAUCCAGAUGUCCUUGUAAAAUAUCCUGAUAAACUUUAGUAACUGCUGCA